AUGAAGAAGGUUGAAAAACUCAAUAAGAGUGAGUUAACUGAGUUACCCGAGUUACCUGAUUGUGUUAUAUCGCAUAUAUUUUCCAUGCUAAGUUUAAAGACUUUGUUGAAAACUAGUGCAUUAUCAAAACAAUGGUUUCACGAAUGGGGAUUAAGGAAGAUGAAGGACCUCAAUUUCGAUCUCCAUAACAUGUUUGACUAUAACACAAUGCCAGAGUUACCGAAAAACCUUCCACUCUUUCAAGAGGUUCAAUCUCAAUUUGCCACGAGAUUGAAUGAUUUCAUGCUGAAAUAUCACAGCGACAUGAUCCGUUCAAUCCGAGUAAAUUUUCCGUUAGGUCGUGAUCAUACCAAUGUCAUUGAUAGAUUGAUUUACAAAGGAAUUCUUAACGGCGUCAAUCGUAUUGAACUGCUCUUCGCUUGUGAAACUGAUGAUGAUACUGAAAUUGAAAUUGAUAUAUUGAAGCCAUACAUAUUUUUGUUUCUUUUCUUAUCUGACUCUGAUUCUCUGACAUAUCUACACCUACAGAACUGUCACAUAUCAGUACCUAUGAAAUUUUCUGGAUUGAAGAAUUUGAGAACUCUUGUGUUGCAUCUAGUUCCUUUGAAGCAAAAUAUGCUUCAGGAUCUGUUACUUAACUGCAUGCAUCUUGAAAAUUUAACUCUUGACGAAUGUACCUUGAACUCUGACUUAAAAAUAAUCAGUCCAACAUUGCUUCAUUUGAGCAUAAUUGAUUGUUGUCAUAAGAAUUGCUAUUCUUAUAAGAUAAUGAUAAAUAUUGAUGCUUUGAAUCUCUCAUCCUUUGAAUAUAGAGGUUACAAGAGCAAAACCUCUAUCGAGGCUCCCAAGUUAUUGAAUGUUUUUUGGGAUGCAGGUGUGAGAAAGUAUAGUGUAUAUAACUUUUCUAGGAUUGCAAGAUUACAUCAUGUUGAGAAUUUGGCUAUGACAAUUCAUCAUUCACAGAUAGCCAAGCUAAUGAAGCAUUUGGUUCAAUUUCAAAAUCUUAGACAAUUGGAAUUAUUUAUCGCGGGAACGGAUGAUCCUAAUAUAGACUACUUUUGGAUCUUAGAUAUUGUAAUGGCUUCUCAGCAUCUCCAAAAUCUUUCUCUAAGGAUUAAAAAUGAACAUGCGGACAAAUCACACAUGAUUGGAUUUGAUAGGCAAAGAAGAGAAUAUGUUGGGUUUUAUCACAAUAAUUUAAAGUAUGUGAAGUUAUAUGGUUGUGUUUGCUCCUCAAAUAUAAUUGAGUUAGCUAGUCAACUAUUGAGGAGUGUGAAUUCGCUUAAGCAAAUUACUUUUAGUUCUCGUCACGAUUCCUAUAUAGGUGCUGAAAGAUGGACUGAGGGCUUCGAUCGUUGUUGUUGGUUUGAUCAGAAUCUUAUUCAUGAGUUGCUUAAAGAUGAAGUAAAUGAACAAUGUCAACUCAUUAUUUUAUAG